AUGGCUCAGGUGCAGCGACGGCAGUCGCAGGCCUCGCGCGCGUCGGCGCGCUGGACCAACUCGGACGCGGCGUGCCCGGUCUGCGAGGCGGCCGAUCUCCGGCCGAGAGGCGCCAAGCCGAGCCCGAAGGGGUGCGCCUCCCCUCACCCCGCGCAUCCUGUGCUCCUCGAGGCGGGCGUCGCGUGCGAGUCGGCCGAGUUCGUGCCGCGGAGCGGGCAGUGCGAGCACCACGCGCUCUGCAUCCGGGGCAAGGGCCACCACGUGGCCCAGCCCUUCGCGUACGGAAGCGGCCAUCCCGCCUGGCUAUACCCCACCGGGACGACCUCGGGCAGGCAGGGCUGCGUGCUGCUCCGGGGGCCGCGCGGCGGGGGCCAGGCCCGAGUGCCGAUGGCCUCGCUGCCGAUCGCGGGUGGCGGCGGUGUCUUUAAGCUCACCUUUUGCUGCCGGCUGGGUCACCGGUGGCAGACCAGCGAGCGGCUCUUCAACCACACCGAAGGCGGACGCAACCGCGUGAGGAUCGGCAAGUCGGAGCUGCUGAACGCCGGCGCCUACAACGCCAAGCUGGUGGGGCCGCACUCCUGCUGCGAGUGCAAGCUCAAGGGGCAGCGCGACCUGCUGCAGAGGGCGGCGAGCAGCUACUACGGCAGCCGGGACCCGGGGCCCAGCCCGACGGACGCGGCGGCCGAGUGCGAGCGGCUGCUCGCGCUUGACCGCGACGCCAGCGCGUGGGCGGUGCUGGGCCUCACGGGGCACGACCGCGGAGCGGCGCGGCAGCGCUACUACGUCCUCGCCCGGCUGCUGCACCCGGACAAGUGCAGCCAGCGAGGAGCCGCGGACGCGUUUAAGCGCGUCGCCGACGCGUUCAGACGGAUCGACGGCUCCUCGAGCUUUUGA